UUGCCCGUGGAUACAACAGGGGGAGCUUCAAAGCGGUUGUUUACAGUUGAGAGCGGCAGUCUGACUGGAGGACUCUGACUGGACGGAGGCAUCGGCACAUUUCCUGCAGAUGGGCUAAAGACGAACCAUCUGGGAAGCGCAUGGACAGUAGUUAUCCUCAGCACAACUAAAGAAAAAAGCGAACUCUAGGUUACGUUGUAGAUGCUUACCGCCCGCUAAUAGAAUCACUGGGUUCGUUUCCUUAUACGGCUGGUGCGCAUCUUGGCUGGUUUGCUUUAGGACAACAGCAGGAUCUUACAUUCUCUUACAACUGACAAGCUUUUUGUCGGAGCAAACUCGCUGGGCAAGAUGGAUAGCGAAAAGUACUUGCCAGAACUGAUGGCGGAGAAGGAUUCUCUGGACCCGUCCUUCCAGCACUCAUUGCGUCUUCUUGAUCAAGAAAUCGAAAAGAUUCAAAAAGACGAAGACAAAGAGGAUGAGAAGUUCAUUGAUGUGGUCAUCAACAAGAACAUGAAACUGGGACAGAAGGUUUUGAUCCCUGUAAAACAGUUUCCCAAAUUUAAUUUUGUGGGUAAACUCCUGGGCCCUCGAGGGAACUCAUUAAAGAGACUGCAAGAGGACACGCUGACCAAGAUGUCCAUCCUCGGCAAGGGAUCCAUGAGAGACAAAGAAAAGGAAGAAGAACUGCGAAAGAGCGGAGAAGCAAAGUAUCAUCACCUUAACGAAGAUCUCCACGUGCUGAUUGAGGUGUUCGCUCCCCCCGCAGAAGCAUACGCCAGAAUGGGUCACGCUCUGGAAGAGAUAAAAAAAUUCCUUAUUCCGGACUAUAAUGAUGAGAUCAGACAGGCUCAGCUACAGGAGCUGACGUAUCUGAACGGCGGCUCGGAGGACGCGAAAGUCCCGGCGGCGAGAGGCAAAACCAGCACACGAGGCAGAGGAACACCAGCGCCGGGACCGCACAGGUGUAGAGGGGGUGUUCCUCCGCCUCAGGCUGCAGUUCCGCGGGGGGUGGCGCCCAGAGGAGCUCCGCCCAGCAGGGUUCCGUCCAGCAGAGGAAGGGGCGUUCCUUCACAGAGAGCACGAGGAGCUCCGCCCCCACCAGGGUACAGACCUCCCCCUCCAGCCGUGCAGGAUACCUACGGUGAAUAUGAAUACGAUGAUGGAUAUGGAACGGCCUACGAUGACCAGGGAUAUGACUCAUAUGACAACAACUACAGCAAUCAGGCACAGAACUCAGAUGAUUAUUAUGAAUACAGCCAUGGUAUCAGCGGAGAAUCAUAUGACUCUUACGGCCCGGAGGAAUGGACAAACAACCGCAACAAGGCGCCACCAGCAAGGACAAGCAAAGGAGUGUACAGAGAGCAGCCUUAUUCCCGGUUCUGACCUGCUACAGUCCUUCGUGUGCCCUCCCAAGUAAUGGAUUUUCUAUGGACUCUAUUUCCUUUUUUGCAAAUAAAAUCAACCAAAACGACAAAAAUAGAAAGAGGUUGAUGGGUAAAAUUAUGUCUGUUGAACUGACAUGGACGACCCCCGCAAACGGAAUAUUACGGAUCACUGGAUUAUGUAGUUUAAAUCGGAAAACCAAUCAGAAUUCAAAUAGACUCACUUAUGUCGGAAGGAGGCGGGCACUAGCAGUUAGGGGCGGAGUUAUAUCAGGUGUACGAUGUUUAGAUUUAGCAGGUCAGUUUUUGUAGAUACUUUUUUUUGAUGGGUGAUCAGCUUCAAUGUGUCCCUUGUAAAUUUGACCUCUAAUGAAAAUUAAGUAGAAAAAAAGUCAGUGCAACUGUUGUUUUUCUUCUUUUCUCUUUUCUAAAUGGAAAGUUCUUCAGCGUUAAAGGGCUUAUAGGAGCAUGUCGUAAAAAACUGUGUGCAGUUUCAGUUGCGAUGAGAAAAGCCUGCGUAGUUUUGUCUGGUUUUUGUGUUGAGCGUUUAAACCCUUUAAUGAGCUCUGUGGUGAUAGGUGUUUUCUCCUAGUGAGCGAUCUACUUUCAGACCUUCUCAGGAGCGUCUAAAUCAACAGUUUUUGACUAUUAAUCCGACUGAAAUUCACAGUAACACGAUUGUGGCUAAAAUCCCCAGUUCAGUUUGAUAUAUGAUAGAUUCCUUCAAUAAAUACAUCAAGGUAAUGAUGUUUCUGCACACUUUCCUGUGCAAUUCUAAUCCAUUAUAGCACAUAUAAUCCUUUAUCCGGCACUAAUGUUGGUUAGUCCAUUAGUAUGUUAUAUAGCGUGGAUGGGUUAAAAAUAGUGACAGAGCAUUUAAAAACAAAAGAAAAGCAUCACUUGUGAAAGUCUAUGAAAUUUAAAGGGAAUCCAGCAGUUUUUGGCACAUUGUGUAUCCUUUAAACCUUGUUGUAAUGCAUUUCAAGUGCACAGCAAAGUGUUACUGGUCAUUUCUAAACCAAAUACUGAAGUUUAACUAGUACUGUUUUAUAAAACUAUUAAAAGUCUAAUCAAAUGUAUGCUGAAGUUUAAAAGGUGAUAGUAAUGAAAAUUAUUGUGGUACUGGUGGUGGCAGUUUAAUACUUUUCUGUUAAGAGCUAUAAUAUUUGUAAGCUUGUGUAAGCCCUUUAAUUCUCGUCUCAGUUGAUUAUAAAAUAAACUUUUUGAAAGCAAAAUUAUCACUGUGUUUGAGAGCACAUUUUGUCCUUGUUUACUUUGGUAAAACUUCAUAAUCUAAACUAACAUCUGAUGUGUAUUAUCAUAAAAAAGUGUAGAGUACGUUAUGAGAACAAAAACCUUUAAGCCCACAUAAAAGUGAAAAUAAACCAAAAAGUUUUGUUCUAGUAUUUUUUUUUCUCCCAAAAUUAAUCUGAUGCAUGUAACUAUUUUGACAAGAAUUACCUCUGUAGAAUUAAAUUUAAUUGCAACCAGCACAAUUAAAUUCAUCUGUAAUAUACCGUACCCAGCAGCUUGAAAUAAAUUUGCAAUUAUAAACCAGCCUUAUUAUCUGUUAUAAUUCUUUCUACUUGAAAACACAUGAGGCUCUUCUGUGGUAAAGCAUAUGAAAGCAACUUCCUCAUAGAAGUUAAUUAUUCACUAAUAUAUCUUUAAUCAUACUCCUUUCCAUAAUUUUUCCAAGACGGUACUAUUGCAUCAGUUGCACAUGGAAACUAAUUCCACAUAUUGUCUUUCAUAUUCUAAGAUUCAAUAAUGUAAGCAGUGGCUUUUUGACCUUGGUUCUUUUUGGGGAUUUCUGCUUGCUGUUUUUGCUCUUUCUUCCCCCUUCUGGUCACAUGACCGUCUCUAUAGUCCACUAAACAGCCCGCCCCCACAUGACCUCUAAAUGACCCCAGCUGACCUCAGAGCUGAUGAGGAUGGCGGUAGCUGUAUUUACAGGCCUUCGUUCUACAAGAUUGCGAUAGCUGAGCCUGAAGCCAUGAAACGCCACUGAAGCUCUUCUCAGAUUGUUUGGGGGAGGUUUGGCCGCAUCAUCUGAUCAUGAAGACUAAAACUGCACGGACGCUAUCGUAGAGAGCUUGUACUCAGCAAGAAAACCACAAUGAGCAGACUUAAAAAGUCCCUUGUGGCCCACGGAGGAGCAUGACACUCCUCGGGGAAGACUCAAUUUCUACUGGAACUUUCUGGAAAAGGCUUCUGAACCUCUACUAGGUCACAAAGCGGCACACUAAGAGCGUUAAUGUGCCAAUAACCACCAGACGAGCGGUCCAGCCUUCUCUCGCUCAGGAAAUGGUGCUCUCCGGUCCUCAGGGGAGGCCGUGCUGGGGAAAUGGUGCUUUCACAGCUGGCUCAGAGGCGCUCUAUACGCUCCUACAUGCAUUUUGCAGCAGGCUGCACUGAGGGUGAACCCACUUCUGUCUGCAGACAGACUUAUGGUUAAUGGGGGCAUGUGUCAUGUGCUAACACAUUAAGACAGGAAUUUACUCUUCUCACCGGAGCCAGACAGAGAAAGAUAGUCUACGGUAUGUGAAUGGGAGAGACAGACUGAAUAUAUAGGCUACGUUUAUCACACAAAAAUGGAAAAUGAGAUAGUAUGCCUUUUUUGUGUUAAGUUCAUUAUGAGGAUGUCAAAUGAAUUCAUCCUAAUAAAGGGACCUUAAUCUCAGUAUCUGGCUUCCCAUUACCUCGUGUAAUAUUUAUCAGGGCUCUAUAACAAGGAUUUUUUUUUUUUCUGCUGGCCCAUUCAAGCCAGUAGUUAUAAUUUUUACUGUCCCCACCACAUACAAAUAAUCAUAUAUAUAUAUAUAUAUAUAUAUAUAUAAAUUCUAUAUAUUUAUAUAUAAUUCAAAAAUAUUUAAAUGUAUCAUUAAAUAUUAUUGUUGUUGUUGUUAUAAAUGUCAUUAUAUUAUUAUUAUAUGUAAUUUUUUGUGCAAUAAAAUUAUUUUUUAUUUAUUUUUAUAUAUUUUUUUUCCUUUACAAGAAGAACAUUUGCAACUACAUUGAAAUUAUACAGCUAUCACAUGUUUAGUGACUAAAAUGUACUUCGGACCAAGUAAAUUUCAUUAGGGCGAUGUGAAGAAAUAAAAAUAAAGUGAAGACAAAAUUUUGUGUCACUUUCUUGCCACAGUUGCAGCUUCAAGAUUUAUGACUGUCAUGCUUUCUAGGGUUGUAGAUGACACUAGCUAUGUUUCCAUACACCUGUUUUUAUGCACAUUUUGGGAUAUCGCAUAAAAAAAGAACCCUGGAUGAAAACGCCAAAGUGCAUAGAAAUUCUAAAACUGUGUAUAAAAAAACAUAUGUACUCAAUUGAGUCGGAUAAACUUUUUAUCCAAUAAAAAAAAAUGCGCAUAAACUUCGAUGGAAACAAAUUUACUGAAUAAAACCCUUGAUGCGCAUCAAAAAAGACAUGUGACUUUGCAAUGGGAAGGUACCUGGACCAACCAGCAGACUGAUCUCGUUGCACAGCAUCUGAAAUGCCCGACUAAAAUCUGCCGUCAAAGUGGUUCAGUAUAAUUACCUCCCAGAACUAUCUUACACGACUGUGUUCCCAAAACAGCAGACCUCUAUGUAUUUAUUGCGUUUUGUCUACAAGCUCUGAGGGGCAAGUAAUUUAUUAUAUACAGUGUAGUGCUGUCAAUUGGUUAAAAAAAAAAAAAAAAAAAUUAAUCGCGAUUAAUCACAUCUAACAUUAAAGUUUUUAAUAUAUUUUUAUAUUGUAAUAAAUUCACAUCUAAUCUCCAAAUGAAUGUAGAAACAACAUAAAGACAGUAUAUUUUAAAUAUUUGAUACAACAGGUAGGAAAUAUACAGAAAUUGAAUAAAGUUACCAAACACUUCACAGACUUCACUGCAUAAAUUAUAAAUGAAAUAUAGAUUAAUCCUUAUUAAAGCUGCAAAAGUGAUUCAGUCAAGAGCAGCGAGUGAUUUUCUCUUUGUCUUUUGAUUAACACUGAUGACAGACAUCACAGCAGCAGGUUUAUUAGGCUGCUGUCACUUUAAGAUCUGACACACACCCGAUGUCCUCCAACUCUUUACAGACUUCAACUCAUUUAAGACUGUGCUUUCGAGAAUACUCGACAAUUUUGAAGGCAUUCUCUUUUGAGGGCAUUUUGGCAUACUUUUGUGUGUUUUUGUCCAUUUAAGUGCGAAAGAGAACUCAAAUUUAAACUCAGAUUUAAGUUCUUUUUUGCGCCUUAUCGCGCUUGAAUGGUUUAAUAGCACUUGAAUGAAUGACAGCGUGAUCAUAUAACACUAGCUAAAAGAUGACAGAAAAAAACGGAUGCUGCGUUAAUUGCGUUAAAUAUUUUAAACGCGAUAUACUGGAAAAAUUAAUCGCAUGCAUUAACGCAUUAAUUUUGACAGCACUAAUACAGUGGCUUCUCCUACUGCAGCAACUUCCAUGUUUCCAAGUGAUAUUUAGCGCCAGUUUAUCAGGAAGUGAUGAUUUUGUUCUCUUCGGCUCAUUGGAUGGAAACAGUGCUUUAUUUACAAAUGCUUUAUGCGAUAUUCCAAUUUUGCGCAUUAGUUAAAUUCACAACUUUGGAUGGAAACACAGCCACUGAUUCUGUCAUGUUUCUAUGGACUUUUAUUAUGAAUUUGUCAUUUUUUGUUAAAUGGUUGUCAUGUUACUUAUUUUCACCUGUGUAUACAUAGCCCUUUGUUUGUCCCAGUUCUUUGUCUGGUGUUGAUUGUGUUUGAUCAUUUCUUGGGGUGCUUUCUUAUUUGUGCAUCCUUGUUUCACUUCCUUUUCUCGCAUCUUAACUCCACCCCCUUAAGAUGUGAGGGAAGGAUACACCUGUGUAUCCUUGCUCAUGACUCCCUCGUUCCUUGCCUCUUCACGGUGCAAUUAGAGAAUUGAGAUGCCCUUCCAGAUGGCUGAGUUCGAUCAGUUUCCGGGUCACGAGCUGGAGGACGAAGGAGCAAGGAAGCGAGGAAAUAUUUGAGUAUUGAGAAGCACCCUUGGUGAUAUAAAUAUAUAUAUAUUUAUUUAAUUUUUUUUUUUUUUGGUACCCAUACUCUUGUAGUUGGGUGCACAGAGCACAUCCACAUGCCAACAGCUCACAUAUUUAUAACAUCCUGCAGUUAAAGUCAAAAUUGACCUUAUUUACAUUCACCAUCCAAUCAGUUCCUGCCGGAUAAAAUCAAGCCCCGCCCAACUUAUUUUCAUGUUCAGUGUUGUGCUGCUGUACAGUCUUAGUCUUUCAGCACCACGGACAGCGACCGUCUCUCCUCAGAUCUUCAGCUCAGUGGACUGAAGUCAUUACUGUUGACAAUGUAAAUGUAACCCAUACCUGUCCUAGUCUGAUUAUAUUUUAUUCACUGUGUUUUGGGAAAUUGUUUUAUAUUUUUUGCUAACUGUAAAUAAAAUCUACACUUCUGAAUUUC